AAGAAGCUCUUCAAACAUACAAUUCAAAAUGUGCGGUCAAAUGUGUUAUGGAUAUUUAGUUUUAACAUUGAUAGUACUUUGUGAUAUAUCGUUCGCGAAUAAGUAUUGUGCCAAAAUCGAUUUCAAUCGUCCAAUUUAUAAUGAAGUUCGUGAAUGUCGUAGCCAAAAUCACUUACCACUUGCUUCAAAAAGCUAUGCAACCAAUAAAGAUUUUCUACGAUACAGACCAAACUCGAUGUUCUAUUUAGCGAACAAUUUUUUCAAUUAUUCAUGUGUCGAGAUCAGCAUGGAGUUAAAAAUUGAUUCAAAUACAGUUAUAGAAGCGGCCCUAUACCUUAAAUCCAUAAAUCAUGCAUUCGUCGAAUUUAACGUGUAUGAAGAACGAACACAUGAGCUCAUCAAAUCAAUUCACACCGAUGGAACUACCGGUUGGACUAUUCUUCGUGGCAAUUAUUUUAGAAAUAUUCCAAAUGCUCGGGUCGAAAUAAAAGCGUUCAUGAAUGAAUACAGCCGCCUUGGCAUUGAAUUUCUACACAUAACAAAUACGGCCAUUAAAGUGCCCGAGUGUACAAGCGAUUUUACAAAGCCAACUAAACCGCCUACUAUGACUACCACCUUAAUUCCGACCAGUACAACAUCCACAGGGCCAAUAGAAAUUAGUUCGAAAAAUACGUGGAUUUGGGUUAUCAUUGGCCUUGGCGUUGCAAUUUUAUUUGUUGUUAUCAUUUUAAUUUGUGUUAACUGCGUAUGUAGCAGUCGAUAAUUUCGCUCAAAUAACAGAUACCAGAUUAAUAACGAAAAUACUUUCAUUUUAUUAAAUAUAAGGUUUUACAAUUUUAUCGGAAAUAAAUUGAUCUGCAACAUUUAAA